GGCUAAAUUGCUCAGCAUCAAAUUUGUAAAAGCUUGAAGAAUAAUAAAAAUUAAUAUUUUCAUAAUGAAAUUUGGCGGUAUCUAUGUGCCAGCACCACUAAGGUCUUGGGCGGCUGUAAUAUCUUCCAGUUUAGCGAUUACUUUGUGUUCCUUAGCUCUUCUGUAUCAGGAUGAAAUAGAGAAAGUGUUGUUGCAGUCUGCCGAAGAUAAACCUUUGCAAACUGCCUUUAUGUUUAAACUCUUCAUUGCAGCAUGUUGCUUAUGCAUUUUCAUGUCGUCUUGUCAUCUACUUGUGGCCGUUUGUUUCAUAAUGGGGCUCUAUAGGUGUUUUCAACCCCUACCAAAGAAAAAAUGCUUCGUCUGCCAGAGCAAACCCAAGGCAACUGUGGAGACUAAAAGCUCAGCAGCUCUUUUGAAAAGCAGUGCUGCUCCAGCAGCGCCAGCACCAGCACCAGCUCCAGUACCGACACAAACCGUUUAAAUAUAUUAAAUGGAAGCUUCCAGGCAAUAUGCAAGCUAAAAUUCCAAACUAAUACUGCUAAUCUCUACAUAUUAGCCAAUCAUAGAAAAUUAACAUAAAAAAUAAAAGUUUUAAAUAUACGAUAUUUGUCAAUGAAAAACGAUAAAGAGACUAAGAAGAAAUAUAAAACUCAGGUUAAACGAAACUAGUAAACGUUUCAAAUAAACUAGUAAGGAAGUAAUCGUAGUUGUUAAAAAACUCUGUACU